AGUUUGCCGGAAGUCAGAAGCAAGAACUUCCGGGUGGCAGGUGACAGGUGGAUGUUGUUUGUUGCGGGUCAAAUCACCCGGGGACGACCCUCCCUCCUUUAAACCGUUUCUCCCGUUAUUUUACCGGGACUUGUGUCCGUUUGAUGUCUGCCACUCUCAGCCGUUAACUGGCUUUCAGUCACGGUCCUCCCGCUGUUUGUCCCCGCACCGACCCUCUGAUGGCCUCCAGGCGGCCGGACAGCUUCGACGGGCUCGGCUACCGCGGCCGCGACGACCCACUGUAUGGGGCCGGAUACCCGGUCAGGAGCGCAGGAGCCCCCGCGGAGCUGCAGCACCACCACUGGGUCACCACGCCGCCGGACAUCCCCGGAAGCCGCAACCUGCACCCCGGAGAGCGGACACCGCAGUACGACGAGUCGCUGGGAGAGCACGGAGGUCCCGGAGCCGCAGCCGGCUGGGACGCUCCGCAGCCCGGCGUACCGCCCGCCGAGCAGCUGAAUCGAUUCGCUGGGUUUGGAAUCGGCCUGGUGAGUCUGUUCACAGAGAACGUCCUGGCUCAUCCCUGUAUCGUCCUCCGCAGACAGUGUCAGGUGAACUACCACGCCCGCUGUUACCACCUGACUCCGUUCAGCGCUGUUGCUGUCAUGUACUCCAUCACCAAGGCUCAGGGUCCGAAGGCUCUGUGGAAGGGGAUGGGCAGCACCUUCAUCGUUCACGGCGUCACGCUGGGAGCUGAAGGCAUCAUCAGCGAGUUCACGCCAUUACCACGGGAGCUUCCUCACAGGUGGAGCUGGAAACAGUUGGCUGGACAUUUACUGCUGAAAGGGUUAACAGCUGUGGUGGCUCUUCCAUUUUACUGUGCGAGCCUCAUCGAGACCGUCCAGAGUGAGAUCGUCCGUGACGAGGCAUCCUCCGGGCUGCUGGACUGCGUCCGUGAGGGUCUGGCUCGGUUGUUGGGCGUCGGCGCUCCUCACAGCCGCCGCCUGCUUCCUCUCGGCUCCCUACUGCUUCCCGCCGCGCUGCACGCCAUCCUGCGCUACGCUGUUACCGCCUCCGUGCAGCGGGCGGUGCUGUGGCUGCACCAGCGAGGCAGGAAGCAGCGGGCGGAGCCGUCCAACCCGCUGGACGCCUACUUCCCCGAGCUGGCGGCGGCGUGGGCGGGCUCUCUGGUGGCCGACGUGGUGGUGUUUCCUCUGGAGACGGCGCUGCACCGCCUCGGCCUGCAGGGCACGCGCACCAUCAUCGACGCCACCGAUGGCGCCGUGGUCACAGGCAACGGCGGCAGCCCGCUGGUCCUGCCCGUCAACACGCAGUACGACGGCUUCUCCGACUGCCUCCACGCCAUCCGCCGCAAAGAGGGCGUGGCCGGCUUCUACCGGGGAUUUGGAGCUCUGGUGGCGCAGUACGCUCUGCACGGAGCGCUGCUUGCCGGCGCCAGGACUCUGCUGAGGCUGCUGCUGCUGGACGCCAAGCACAGCUAGAGGCGUUACCACGGAAACACAGUAUCACUUCCCACAGAGGUCAGAGACGAGGUUGUCUGAUGAACAGGAAACAGAAAAUGUUUUUAUUUGUCCAAAAGUCCAAAUGUAAAUAAAGUAAACAAAUGUCAGGGGGGAGGAGGAGGAGAGGAGGAGGAG